AUCUGAAGUCUCGCGGGAGUUCAGUUCGUUGACUAAAUGCCACGUCGUUUCGAGAGUGCGCAGCAUCUGCUGGUCUGUAUCUUACCGGCUGCGCACAAUAAGCGCUAUCGGAGUGUUUGCGGAUUGUAUCGUUACAGGAGUCGUGUACACAGCAGCAGCAGGCAUGGGGAGCUUCAUCAGAGCACUGUUGCUGAUGGCUGUCGGGAUGGCAGUGUGUCAGCAGACGCUCGCUCACUCACACCAUCAUCACGGACACUCUCACGGAGACGGCGGCUGCCAUGGACACUCGCAUGGAGGGGUCAAGAUGCACCAUGGGGCCAGCAAAUGGAGCGCUGAAGCCAACCUGCCCCAGGCUGAAGAGGAGUAUCAUGGGCAUGAGCACGGACACGAUCACGGUCACGAUCACGGUCACGAUCACGGACACGAUCACGGACACGAUCACGGACACGAUCACGGACACGAUCACGGACACGGUCACGGACACGGUCACGGACACGGUCACGGACACUCACACGAUCAUGGAGCAGAGCGACAGAAAAGAGAUGCAGAAGCAGGGAAGCGGAACAUGGUGGAGCUCUGGAUGCAGGCGAUCGGAGCGACUCUGCUCAUCAGCGCCGCUCCCUUCCUCAUCCUCUUCCUCAUCCCGGUGCAGUCGAACACGGACCAGCACCAGAACCUGCUCAAAGUGCUCCUGAGCUUCGCUUCCGGAGGUCUGCUCGGAGACGCCUUCCUGCACCUCAUCCCUCAUGCGCUGGAGCCUCAUUCUCAUCACGGCCAAUCGCACGAAGGCAGCGAGUCACAUGAUCACUCACACGCUAGUGAGGAGUCACACGGUCACUCACACGGUGCAGCUCAUGGUCACAUGAUGUCUGUGGGAUUGUGGGUGCUUGCGGGCAUCGUUGCAUUUCUGGUGGUCGAGAAGUUUGUUCGUCUAUUGAAGGGAGGUCACUCUCACGCUCACUCUCACGCUGCUCCAAAGGUGAAAGACAGCGAUGAAGAGGAUGAUGCUAAGAAACGAGAGAAGAAGGGAGGCAAAGAGAAAAACUCUGACUCUAAGAAGCCUGUGAAGAAAAGCGUGGAGAAGUCUUCUGAUAUUAAAGUGUCGGGCUAUCUGAACCUGGCUGCUGAUUUCACACACAACUUCACGGACGGGCUUGCAAUCGGAGCCUCGUUCCUGGUCGGCCCGGCGGUGGGUGCCGUCACCACCAUCACCAUCCUCCUGCACGAGGUGCCACACGAGAUCGGAGACUUCGCCAUUCUGGUCCAGUCCGGCUGCACCAAGAGGAAGGCCAUGUGUCUGCAGCUGCUGACCGCUCUGGGCGCUCUGGCCGGGACCGCCUGCUCUCUGCUGGCCGAAGGGGUGGGAGCCGCGGCCACGGCCUGGAUCCUGCCCUUCACCGCCGGGGGCUUCGUCUACAUCGCCACCGUCACCGUGCUCCCGGAGCUGCUGGUGGGCCGCUCCAGCCUCGGCCAGUCGCUGCUGGAGAUCCUGGCCCUGCUGUUCGGCGUAGGCAUGAUGGUGUUGAUCGCCGAGUACGAGUGAGGCCUGCCCCGAGCCGUGUGUGAGAGAAGAGCUCUAAACGAGCGCAGGCUCACCUGACCUCCAGAGACCAAGCGCAUGUUGCGAUGAAUCAAAGCUAUGACCACAGAAACCAAAAACUGAAUCAAUGAUGCAGAGGUUACUGAGCUGCCCUCCAGUCCGACACGAAUGGAUCACUUAAUUGUUUUAGGCACAGGAACCUUCCCAGGGACCAGCAGCUAGAAACCCCUUGCUCUUCUGAGUACUGAUGAGGACAGGAUCUGCAGGAUCGGGCUCGGAGAGAUUUGACCAUUACAUUCCCAACAUGCAUCAUCUGUGUUUGCUGGAGCGCUCGUGUCUCAUCGGUAGACCGCUUUUCUAGAAAUAUCAGUUAUGUUACAUGAUUACGUCCUUUGAUUUUGCUGUUCGUUAAUAAAGGCUAACGUGAUUCUUUCUUAA